AGCACUUGCAAGCGCGUUAGCUUGGUGCGCUUCAUUUCUUUUGUAGCAUUUCCCACGUUCAUUUACUUUGUAUUUUAUCUUAAACUAAAAGGCAUAUCAAUUAGUCUCGUAACGAGAAGAACCACGACAGAAGCGAUGACGGGCUCAAACGAGUACAAACUGAACCAGGGACCAGAGGACAGCAUCUCUGCUGUCAAGUUCAGCCCAAGCACAGCUCAGUUCCUGCUGGUUUCCUCCUGGGACUGCACUGUCCGUCUCUUUGAUGUUGGAGGAAACACCAUGCGGAUGAAGUACCAACACACAGCUCCAGUUCUUGACUGUGCUUUUUAUGACCCAACACAUUCUUGGAGUGGAGGUUUAGAUGCACAAUUGAAAACUCAUGAUUUGAACACGGACCAAGAUACAAUAGUUGGAACGCACGAUGCCCCCAUUCGUUGUGUGGAAUACUGCCCAGAGGUUAAUGUCAUGGUAACGGGCAGCUGGGACAGAUCAGUUCGACUGUGGGAUCCAAGGACGCCGUGCAACGCAGGCACUUUUACUCAGCCUGAGAAGGUGUAUACGCUGUCGGUGGCUGGAGAUAGGCUGAUCGUUGGCACAGCUGGAAGACGAGUCCUGGUGUGGGAUUUGAGGAACAUGGGCUACGUACAGCAAAGAAGAGAGUCCAGCCUCAAGUAUCAGACUCGCAGCAUUAGAGCCUUCCCCAACAAACAGGGCUACGUCUUGAGUUCAAUUGAGGGACGUGUAGCAGUGGAGUACCUGGACCCAAGCCAGGAGGUUCAGAAGAAGAAGUAUGCCUUCAAGUGCCACAGGCUGAAGGAGGAGGGAAUUGAACAUGUUUAUCCUGUCAAUGCCAUCUCAUUUCACAGUGUUCAUAACACCUUUGCCACAGGUGGCUCAGACGGCUUUGUGAACAUCUGGGACCCUUUCAACAAGAAACGCCUUUGUCAGUUCCACCGGUACCCAACCAGCAUUGCCUCACUGGCCUUCAAUAACGAUGGCACCAUGCUUGCCAUCGCCUCCUCCUACACGUAUGAGAAGGGAGACAUCAGCCACCCAGAGGGCGCCAUCUUCAUCCGCCAGGUCACAGAUGCUGAGACCAAGCCCAAGUGAGUCUUCCUCAGCCCUGUGGUCCUCAGUAUGACGGUUUGCUUCACUCGGAAUCUGUGAGCAGCUGUAUUUACAAGGAGCACGUCCAGCUGCAGCAUAUGCUGAUCUCUAUCUCUGUCUACCCACUUUUCAAUAUCCGACAGUUGAAAGAUAGACAAGAACUUUAAAAUCCUCCCACCCAUCUAUACCGUUGUGAAUAUACACUCAUUACAAUGGCCUUAUAAUGAAUACCAGCAUUGAGGAACUUGAAAUGUUAAAUAUUUGUUGACACCAAUUCAGUCAGGUGGUCAUUUUUGAGGUUGUUUCGUGGUAUUGUUGUAUAGGCUUGUGUUAUAUUGAACUGUAUUUUUGAAUAUUUUGUCUCUUCCCCCUCCAAUAUGUAUUGGGGUGGCCAAAAUAUUAAAAACACAUUGUUCGAUAAACAAUUUUAAGUCUGCAGUUUUAAAGAAUCGGGUUAACAUGUUUUAAGUUGGUCUUAAGUGCAUUCACAAGUCCAAAUGUACUGGACUGCUCCCCCCACACAGACUCCAAGUGUCUUAUUGACACCCCCUGCGUUUUUUUUGUUGGUUUUUUGUUUGUUUGUUUUUUAAUGCUCUGUGUGUUUCUGUCACAUUUGGUAAAGCGUAAUCUGUCCAGAAAACUGUUUAAAUCACACAUAUCCCGCUGUAUAUGUGUGUUGAACUUAUUAACAGCAUCUACACUGAAUGAUUAAGACUGAGUCUGUCUAUGAGCUCGCCUCUUUCACUACAGGCAGAUUCCCCUCACUCGCUGCAGUGGGCGAGGAAAUGAAUCAAUGAAUCAAUAAAUACAAACACUGUCAAUUUCUUUCCAUGGAGCCGACAUGAAAACUAUUUUGGUUCAGUAAAUUUCUGCUGUCAAUCAGCCUGGUGGAGGCAGGUUAGCUGGCCACUGGUCAGGAACUGGUGCUGACAAACGGCUGAAGAGAGAACACAGGUCAGAGGAUUUUAGAGAGGGGUAAGGGGUGCGCUGGAUUUAUAACACAAGUCAACAUCGAGACCAUCAUUGCGAAACAAUGCGGCACAAUAAUCAUUAUAUCUCAAUUGUUUUGUUUUUCAUAAUUAUUGGAAGCCAAAAUUGUAAUUGAAAAUACAAUUUGAUUAAUUGCUCAGCCCUAAUAUGUACAGUAAUUGACUUUUACUUUGUUUGCUUUAAUCAUUCCUCAUUAUGAGAAUGUUUACUAAUGUGCUUCCAAUGAAAAUCCACUUUUUGUUCUGUGCAAAAAUGAAUUCAAAAGUCUCACUAAAGCCAAUAUGACAAUUCAGUCGCAUGAGUUAGUCAAAUCCAAUACAUAUCUUCCAAAUUCAAAAAAGUCUUCCAAAGUCUUUUUUUUAUACAAAACUCCCUGUUUGUGUUUCCCUGGACUCUAUUUCCAUGUGGAGGCAAAAGCAGGAUUUAAAGUAAUAUAAAUUAUUUUCCUUUUAUUUAGAGGAUUUGGACACAUUUUUGAUUUAGAAUGCUAACAUAGUACAAAGCAGAUGUCUGUAGGUGCGUGACAGUCUGACAUUGUGUCAAUCCAUUGAGCGUACUUUAUGCUGACUUUGAAGCACUUCAAGCAGCAUUGAUGAAUCACUGUCGAGUGAAGAGUCCAGGUGGAAACUGAACAAGGACAGAACUGGCAAAAAUGUUUUAUCUGAACCUGUAACACCAUCAAAAAGAGAGGGGUUGUAUGCAGUAUGUGUUUAGAAAGAAUCGACUCAACGCAUGGAAAUGCACGUCUUGGCCUGAACAUGAAGGUGCAACAACACAAACAAAAUCCAGUUUGUUGAUCACAAUUCUGUCGGAGAGAAUCGUGGGCAUUUUGUUGGCAACAUCAUCGAAAUAUAGAUUUGUUGUUUUUUUUGCAGAUUUCCAUGUGUAGUUCUGGUAGUUUACAAAAUAUACAAAACAAGUCUGUGCUUGCCUAAACAACAUUUAGUAGCAACUAAACAUGUCAACAUUUAGUAGCAGCAAACAAAUGGCCUUCAUUCAUAGUGAAACCUAGAAAUCAGUGAUUCUGGAGUUGUUCACUUCAUCAAAAUGUUUAUUUAGAGUGAUUUACUCCACAUCAACUUGACCUGAUGUUAUUGGCACUGGGUGGAAAAGUUUGCUUCAAUUUUGUAAAAUAAUAUGAAACGGUCCAUGAAUGGGAUAUCGCUUGCCUCCAUGCAUUGAUUCAGUGAUUGCUCCUGAGUUGAUUGUCUAUUUUUGAUUUUACAGGUCAACCUAAAUCCACCUUUGUAUGGUUCCCUCUGUGUAUGAAGCCUUUAUCACAUUUAGGUUAUCUGCUGCAUCCAGUGUACCAUUGCUAUAUUGUUAUCAGUCAUUUUCUCCCAUUUCAAUACAAUAGUUGUUCUUUCUUUUCUUCUUGUAAGUAAUGUCUUUAACAUUUUCUUCUCUCUUCUGGCUCUUGUUAAAUAUUUCAAUGUUUCAUGUAUGUUUGGAAAAGCAACUAUUUGUUUUUCUUGAAUAAAACCGAUUUA